GUGUCCCUACAUUCAGUUGACGGACGAUCCUCGUUCAUUUUCCACGCUGAACAAGGAAAAUUCGAUUUUUCGUGUAGAAAAGCGCGCGACAGGUUGAAGGCUUUUUUGGAUUUAUAGUUUCGUGUGUGAAUUAAUUGUAGUUUCGUGAAUGAAUUGUAGUGUAUUUUCGACUCGUAUGUGAUUUCGAAGUACUGUGAGAUAAAGCGGAACCAUGUUAUGAAUAAGAGAAGAUAUAUCAUGAGAAUUAUUACUUACCGACAUGAUAAUACACCAAAGAAAUAGAGAAAAUGAAGCAAACGUCACAUAGUGGGGGGAAAUCCGACUUUAGAACUAUGGCAAAUUCAACACAAGUGCCAUAUUAUUACAAAACUACGUACCAUAGCUCUACAACGUACCUGUACCCAUCAAAACGACCCCCCGACGACGUGACAGUAGAGGAAAACCAUACAAUAAUAGUUAAGACAAGACAAGCAUUCCAAAAAGUAAACUAUAGAAAUGGUACGAAUAGUACGAAUGGGAAUUUUAUGAUGUUAGUAGAAGACUUUAGUGAUUACUUCUAUGGGAAUACAAGUAAUGAUGUAUUUAGUGAACAUAACGCAACUCUAGAUGUAUUAAAUGAUGUAUAUGAGUAUGCGAAUUGUUCAUUCAACGGUACAUUCAACGUUUCUUGCUUCAACAGAGCAGAAUCAACACCAGAGUAUAAUCUUUGGGCGCUAUUGUUGUUAAUAUUUCCUUUUUUUACUUUAUUCGGGAAUGUAUUAGUGAUAAUGAGUGUUGUAAGGGAGCGAACACUUCAAACUGUGACCAAUUACUUUAUAGUGAGUUUAGCUGUGGCUGAUCUUCUAGUCGCGGUAGUUGUUAUGCCGUUUGGAGUUUACUAUUUGGUAAACGGUUCGUGGGGGCUGCCAGCCUUUGUCUGCGAUGUGUAUAUUGCGAUGGAUGUUACAUCCUCCACUUCGAGUAUAUUCAACUUAGUCGCUAUCUCUGUUGAUAGGUAUAUAGCUGUAACACAACCAAUAAAAUAUGCGAAACACAAGAACAACCGACGGGUUUGGUUCACCAUUGUUCUCGUGUGGCUGAUAUCGGCCGCAAUCGGCGCGCCCAUUGUGCUGGGCCUGAACGACACGCCUGACCGCAACUUCGACGAAUGUCUCUUCAACAGCCAGAACUAUGUUAUCUACUCGUCGUUGGGCUCCUUCUAUAUACCUUGCAUCAUGAUGAUGUUCCUCUACUAUAAUAUUUUUAAGGCGUUAAGAAAUCGAGCGAAAAAACAGCGAGCAGCUAAGAAACCUCCCAUCUCAGGAGAUCCUACAACGGGUGCGACCACAGCUGUGGUCAUAGAAAAUGUGGCACAAACGAGAAGACUGGCCGAGACUGCUCUGCAUGAUGACAGACCUACAAAUACAGGUUCCGGGAGCAAUGAGGAUGACCACGAAGAUAGUUUCGACAACAGAUCAGCAGAUUUAGAAGCGGACGCUGACGAGUGCCAUGUCAUACCUAAUGACAAGUCAACGGAAUUCAUGCUAGCAACAGUUGUAGAGGAAACCGCUAAUACACCAAAAAAGAAUUUAAAAUCGCCACCUCCUGAUCCCAACGGCAAUAACGAUUCAGGGUAUGCACCGUCCAAUUUAGAAGACACUAUUAGAGAACACAUUUCCCCUCCUGGCUCACCAAGCAUGAAAGAUGCUACAAUACUAAAGAAUAUGGGAUGCGAUAGCUCAAAGUGGAAGAAAAAUGGAAAGGCGACAAAAGUGAUCACAGACUCCAGAAGCGUUUCAUUGGCGGUUCGUUCAGAAGAUGAUCAUGAAGCUAGUACAUUCGAUGUAAGAGACGGCUCUUCGGCCAAGAAAGAAAGAAAAGCAAGUGCAGCCACCGCUCGUUUUACCAUUUAUAAAGCUAACAAAGCUAGCAAGAAAAAAAGAGAAAAAUCUUCCGCAAAGAAAGAGAGAAAGGCAACAAAAACUUUGGCUAUUGUAUUAGGUGUCUUCUUAUUUUGCUGGGCGCCGUUCUUUACGUGCAACGUUUUGGGUGCCAUAUGCGACAAAUUCCAGUUGCCAUUCUCUCCAGGAGUAACCACGUUUAUCUUAACUACAUGGUUAGGUUACAUAAACUCCUUUCUCAACCCCGUCAUAUACACUAUCUUCAACCCUGAAUUUAGGAAGGCCUUCCGUAAAAUAUUGAAGUGCGGCACCUAGCCUUUAGAUUAUUUGGUCGUCUUCACGCAGUAGAUCUCGAAGCUAUUCAAAUCUUGCAAUCUAUUUUCUUCCUAAUUCUAUUUAUAUUCUCCUACUUCUAUUAUUCAUAUCGUCACAUUUAAAAAUUAAUGAAAUUCUUGUAUAUCACUCACUCUACUUAAUUCUCUCUCUUUCUCUCUCUCUCUUAUUUUCUAUUACUAUAUUUAUAUUAUAAAGUCCAUAAGAUGUUGCAUUGAACAUAGCCUUGACAUCAUUUCAAUACAUAUUCAUACACAAACAAUAACUUGAAUGAAACUGCCAAAUAAAUAUCAUUUUUAACUACAAAAAGAAGGAGAAGGGAGUUCUCAAAUCGGUUGUAUUUUUCAAUAUUCAUCAUGUUACGUACCUUCGUCUAUAACUGAUCUAUCUUAUAUAUAAUUGAUCGAUAGGUAAUUCUAAAUAACAACGAAACUUUAAUUCUUUGCGAGAUCUACCAGACGACCAAAUAUAAAUCACUUUAUCCAAAACAUCAUUAAUGUGAUAAUUCAAUAACGUAGUAUAAGCGUCGAAAGUACUCGUAUUAGUAAUGUAAUUAUUAGCAUAUCAUAUGCAGGCAUAUAAAAUAUGUGGCAAAAUGUAGUAACUAAAAUCUUCAAAGUACAUUAUUGUUUAAUUUAAUAAUUAUUUCAUCUUAGAAACUUAUUAAAAUAAGAAUAUGAGACUUAUUAGUGCUUCGCGCUUCUGUAAAUAAAAAUGUAAUCUAGUCAAGUCAUUGAUCAGUAUUAUAAUAUGUUUGUAUUUAUAAUUAACUAUGCCAAAUUUAAUAGCGAUAUUAAGAAGCUUUAGUUCGUUUAAGGUUGUGAUUAUUUUAAUUAGUAGAAAAAAACAUUCACCAUUCACUAUAUUGCUGUAUUAUAUAUUAUAAAUAUGUUAUACAAUAUAUGUUUACUUAAAUAGGACGGUAUGCCUCUUUGUCACUAAAUGUAAAAAUAUUAGAUAAUGAAGUAUUACUAAAGUAGAUUAUAAAAUCGAUAUGUAUUACAUAACACCAAAGAUAAUAUUGUAAGUAACAUUUUUUUUUUCUAACAAGUACUAUUAAGGUGUAGAAACCUACUUUCUCUUCGGAUCCAAAUUAUAUUUAUUUAUUUGAUUAUUGUAAUUUACCUUUUCCACCGUCCAAGUUGUUUUAAUGAUAUUUCUUUGGUUUUUUUUUAUAAAUUUUAUCAUAUAAGUAGUAGUAUAAAUUUGUAUGUAUUGAUGAGCUGUGUUUCAGCGAAAUGAAAAGUGCACUGCGAGAUUUGAUAAGGUAGAAUGUAAUUACUCGCCAAAUAGUCAUUUGGAUCAUAUCAACAAUAUAAAUGUAUAAAAUAUUUAUUAUUUGUAGUGUAAAUUUAAAUAUAUAAAUUGAUAUUUCAAUAUUGUUUUAAAAAAAAUAUCAACUUAUUCAAUUUGCAGUAAUAGGGCAUUGGUACUUACCAAAUUUUGCCAUUUUAUUUUUGCUCAAUUAAUUUUAGGGAAAGUAUACAUUUCAUUUAACUUUCAUUAUAUAGGUUAUGUAGGUAAAUGAUAAUACAAAAUCUUAACAAAAUUUCGUGAAUUAACAAAAGAAAUCUUGCUCAAAGAAAAAAAAAAAUAAAACUAAUUUGAAAUAGAAUAUGUUACUACACCUUUUAUUUUAGUAUAAUCAUUAAAUGUAUCAUUAUGUCGCAUGAUUAAUACUUUAGUUACAAUUAUCAUAAUUUAAUAUGAAACCUUUUCUUGAAUGCUCAAUGUAAACAUUUGAUAUUACUGUAAAACAGUUGUAGUGGCCAGUAUUCUAUUAUUUUGUAUAUAGUAAAUGUUGUUAAAAACCAAUUAUUACAGGGUUUAUCAAUGAAAAUCUUCAAUUAUUUUCUGUUUUUGUAAUUGGAAAAUGUACCAAGUGGUUAUUUAUUAUGUUGUACAAAUAGAUGAAAAGUUCAGACAUAUAAAUAUAUAUUAAAAUAGAGGGCUUAAUAGGAUGUUUAGUAUAUGCAAAUAUAGAUAUUUAUGGAAGUGAAAUCACUUAGUAUACUCAAUUAUAUUAUCUAUUAUUUACAUGUAUCUCAUUAAUACGUACACUAACAAUAUUUCUAAAAAUUGAAAGCUGACAUAAAUCAAUUUUAAAUAUUACAUAUUAUGUUAUGUCACUUUAAAUUAUAUACAAGAACCUAUUUAAAAAAUGCACAACUAAUUUUAACUAAAAAGUCAAAACAUACUACAUACUAAAAUAGGUUUAUCGUUUGUCGUUUUAUUUUUAAGUUACAGUGUCAGUUAUAUAUUAUACCUCCAUUUAUUGAAUAUUGAUAUAUUAUUAAAGUUAUUUAUGUAACAAAAAUCACAAAUAUUAAUAAGAAAUUAUUGUGUAAUAAUCUUAAAACACAUGUAAAUAAUU